AUGUUUGCUCGUGUUGUGCGGGCUGCAGCUGUAGCUGUCAAGCCAUAUCAAGUUGCUUCUGCUACUCGACAAGUAGCUCCACGAGCAUUUGCAUCCCAUGCAAUCCUUAACAAAGACAUUGUGACGGAGUUGUAUUUGAAGGAAAUAAGGGCUUACAAGGCACCACCAGAGGAUAAGAGUGCAGCUGCUGGUUUACCUGAAACUGUCUCUAUGCCAACUCCACCUGCAAAGCCUGAAUUCGAAUUGGCUCAAGUUCAAGCUGCUGGCAAUGAAGCCGGAUUAGAAGAAGAAGCUUGGCCAGCAUUGGUCGACCCCAUCGAUGACCCACACAACUAUCCCGAUGCUUGGGAUUACACAUGUGACAAAGUUGACAAUCUCCUGAUGCCAACUGCCGUGAAAGCAUAUGAUUACCAUGAAGGUCAUUAA